AUGGACGAAAACACUCCUGACUGUGGCCUAGACGACGGCCUCGAGUUGGAGAGGGUGGCCGUCGGCCCAUACUGCGUGUUUGAUGACUUCAAGCCCCCUCCAUUGAGCCCGCGCAGCCGACCCCAGGACCCACCGCCCUCUGACGCCGACAAAGCCAAAAUGGACGAGUCGAUGCUCUCCAAUGAAUACCCCUUCAACAGCACUCUGCGAGCCCCAUGGCUCGUCACAUCGGGCGAAGACAUCCCUCUUAUUGCUGCUUCGCCUGAUGAAUUUGCCCGUGGCGACUGGAACGAAUGGAUGCAAUGGAACCCCGCACAGAACCAGGCCCAGCAAGACACCAAGCCCAUGCUAGGCCAAGGGCCUGUUCCCUAUCCCAAGUCAAGCCAGUCUGCCCAGAUGGCUGCUCUGUACAAUCGUCGCCAGAACUCGCAACUUCGCAACACUUCCUUGGAGCUGUCCCCGGGAGAGGCGUCUCCCUCACAGCUCAUGCCGUCCAGCACUCUUCCAUACUCUUUCAGUGGAAACACAGACAGCACUCCCGCCUUCCAGUUCCAGGGCGCAAUGAGCUCGCCCUCUGAUGGAAACCCGACACCCAACGGUUUCCUACCUACACCCCCAAUUGGGUGGGACCAACAACAAGGCGACAAUCCCAUCUUUUCGCCUAUCAACUUCGAACAGCAGUCAACACUCCGCAAUAUGGCUAUUCCCCCGCGGUCCACUCCUAGCCUGCACCACAGCCCCGCAUCUGCCGGCAACGUACAAUCCAGCCCAGACACAAUUCACUCGUCGCCAGAGCCGGCACCGUCCGGCAGCAGCAAAAAGCGAAAGUCAUCCAGUGAAGAAGAGUCCGAGGAAUCGAAACAGGACAGGCAGCCGCCCAUCAAAAAGACAGCCCAUAACAUGAUCGAGAAGCGCUAUCGUACGAACUUGAACGAUAAGAUAGCUGCUUUGCGAGAUAGCGUGCCAAGUCUUCGGAUCAUGUCACGUGGAAACGGCACAGGAGAGGAGGAGGAUGACCCAGAAGAUCUUGAGGGCCUUACCCCAGCACACAAACUCAACAAAGCUACCGUCUUGUCCAAAGCAACCGAGUACAUCCGACAUCUUGAGAAGCGAAACAAACGCCUCACCGAUGAGCUCCAAGCAUGUAAGGCACGCCUUGAUAACAUGGAGAAGAUCGCCAUGUCCGGUCCUCCGAUGGGCAUGAGCAACGUUGCCAUCCACACGCCAGAUGGAAUGCAAUACCACCAUGAUCCGUUUGAUCAUAUGCAAAGAACACCGGUCUCAGGUCCCCCACAAGGAAUGAUACCUGUGCCAGAGAGCAUGGCAAAUCUCCACCGCGGAAUGGCAAACCAGCCACAUUAUGCUCCACCGAACAGGUAUCCUACAUACUCCAAUGCUCCACAAAGGUCCGGUGUACAAGGUCAACCGAUCGUCAAUGGUCGACAGGGCAAUGGCAUGAUGGGUAAACUCAUGGUCGGGUCGCUCGCUGGUCUCAUGAUCCUCGAAGGGUUCAGCGAGCGAGAACAAUCUACUGAUCAGCCUGCGGGGCGUGGGUUGUUCGCGAUACCGUUCGACGUUAUCAGCUUUUUCUCACCACGAGUCUCCGUUGGUGGUGUCUCGGCGCAAACCGGCGUCCUACCCAUGUUCAAGCUACUACUCUUGCUUGGGGCAGUAUUUUACAUUAUCGCGCCUUUGUUUGAUUCGAAAUCAAAGUCACACAAGAAGAAGGCUUCCCCCGCUAUCACCUUAUCUCCAGCCCCAUCUCUCGCAUCUCCUGUGGAGGUCCGGAGAAGUGCGUGGCUCACUGCAAUUCAGACCGUCUGGGUUCCUCGACAUAGCUUCCUACUAGAACUUGCGGCUUUAGGCCUGAAGACGUUGAAACUCAGCACGCGUAGAGUGAUUGGAGAGGACUGGUAUGCUUUUAUCACAAAGACAUCGAUAGAAGCGGAAGCGGCAAGAGUCAAGGCGUGGGAGAUUGCGCUUGACGCUCAACUGACUGGAGGAGACGCAGAGAUCAACUUGAGCCGACUAGUGCUCACACUCAUCGCCUCUGGAACAUUGCCAGACACCCCGGCGCGCCUGAUGCUCAAAUCUCUACACAUUCGGGUACUACUUCAAGAGCUCGCAAACAUUGGAUAUGGCCAUUGGUACAAGUUCCCAGACGUGAGCGCGAAACUAGCUCGCAGUUACUGGAAUGCUGCUCGAGACGAACACAGGAUCGCAAGCUGUACCCCGAAGGACCGUUGCCAGGUUGAACCUCUUCCUCCCCAUCUCGCGGCGCUGAUCGAGAGAGAAUGUGACGAUGUGUUCGUGGACAGUAUAAUUCAACGCGCAUACAAUCUGGCUUGGAAUAAACGAAGCGCCGACAACACGACCGUGGAUGAGUCGAUGGACAGUGUUGUCGAGGACUUUGCAAUUUCUUCUCCGUUGGACGCCCUUGCCGCUUGGUGGUCAAGCUUCAUCCUCGGGAAAACGCUUGCGGAUUCGUUGGGUUCGGAAGAUGGGGUGCUGACGGAAAAAGUGGAGAGCGGUUUAGAACUGGCCCUUCGUAUUGCUCCUCCGACUUCCGGGGCGCAGCUGCGAGCGCUUGUCGCAAAAGCCGUACUUUCAGACACGGAUCGUGAAGAUUGUGUGGACGCAGCUUUCCAAGCGUUGCCGCAGCCACCUUCAUCAACGAACCUCGAUGUUGUCACUUCUCCCCGGGCCGUCCUUAUGAAUCUAGUUGGAAAUGCACCAAUAGCCACAGAUAUUCACAAGGCUUUGACGCUUGCCAAAUGUCUCACUCUAGUUGAGUCACCUAACGAAGAGGCUCGACUCCGGGCAACAUUCGUUGUUGACAAUAGCCACCUUCCUGGAUCGAAGCUUACUCUCCUCAGUUUUGUGGCCGCCUACAAGGUUGUUCAGCGCUUCAUGCAAGAAGAGGAUCUGCUUGCCGGUGGACGGCAAGGCCUCGAGCGUAUGACUAGUUCUAUGCGAGUGUGGAUUGGACACGAAGCCGGCCGUGCCCACAAAAUGUCGGCCAAAACCAAAGGCAAGAUCGUAGAGCGUUGUCUGGAAGUCAGCAAGAGGCUUGUUGGCAUGAGCGGAGCGGCUGAUAACAUCGAUGCUGGCUAUGUGAGCCAGAGCGACUCGGGCAAUGAAGUUGAAGUUGCAGUCAGGGCUUGA